AUGUUUCGCCCCGCCUCUAGGGCGCUCCUCCGCGCUCCCGGGUCCAUUGUCCGGAGCCCAGCAACCACAAGUCGACGAUUGAUAAGCAGCACACCUUCCGGGACAAAGUCAAGAAGCUGGAAGAGCACCUUUGUGCGAUUGGGUUUGGCCGCCGGUGCCGUCUAUUACUACAACACGAGCAGUGUCUUCGCCGAGAGCCCGUCGCUCUCCUUCCGCUCGCAACCAAAGCCCACACCGAAAGAUGAUGAUGCUACCCUUCCCACCCUCGAGUCUGUGAAGCCCAAGUCGCGCGAAGCCAAACCCGCCGCACCCUCUACCCCGGGCGCUCCCGCAACACCCGAGACCGUCACCGACGCUGAAAACGCACAGUCAGAAGCAACCCUGAAGUCUGCAGAGGAGCUCGAGGCCGAGGCUGGCCAGGAGGCCGCAUUCAACCCGGAGACCGGUGAGAUCAACUGGGACUGCCCAUGUCUCGGUGGGAUGGCCUACGGGCCGUGCGGCGAGGAAUUCCGGAAUGCGUUCAGCUGUUUCGUCUACUCCGAGGAGGAGCCCAAGGGGAUUGAUUGCAUCGAUAAGUUCAAGGCUAUGCAAGAUUGCUUCCGCCAAUAUCCCGAAGUUUACGGCGCGGAGCUUGAAGAUGACGAGCCCGAAGCGCCCAACGCCGGUUCUGAGCAACCCCUAGCCUCCCAGGUCGAUGCGUCUACGACCCCGGAGGAGAAGCACGAGCAUGCCAAGGAGGCCCGCGACCAGGUGAAGGCUGGCGGCGAGGUCGCCGAGACCGGCGAGGUCGUUCCGAAGGCCUGGCACGAGUCAGAAGUCGAGAAGGCACCCGAGCAGCAGACGGAGAAAUAA